AUGUCCAGGAGGUCUAUUGUACAGGUUAGCAGUUCAGAUGUACGUAGGAGACGCUCUGGUGUUGUGAAAUCGACCAAGAAGCAGAGGAAAUUAUCCGAGUUCGACAUACCGACAGCAUCGUCGCUGCAGGUACGACAAAGAUCCUUCGAGGAGGUCAUUGUCCGGAAUAAUCAAGAUGAUCCCAUAAUAAUAGAGGAGGAGGAAGAGGAGGAAGUCGUGGCGAUCAAGGAGAUAAAGUGCCCAAUUUGUCAAAUUGAUAUAACUAAUUUCGAAAUCUACCAGAAGGAGGCUCACGCGGAAUCGUGCCUUGAGAAGUCGACAGAAGCCGCUAGCAAGCGGUCGCUGACCGCUAGCGCGGUGAGUAGGCCCAAACUGCCCGAGAUCAAAAUUCUGAGCUUUGUGAACGGACACAAGGUUGUGGUAGACGGGUUCAAUUUUGAGCGAGACCCGGUAAUCUCACAAUACUUCCUCUCCCACUUCCAUUCGGAUCAUUACAUGGGUCUACGCAAGUCCUGGGACCAUGGGACGAUCUACGCGUCGCAGAUCACGGUGGAUCUUAUGAUAAACAAGUUCAAUAUCAACCGAGACCUAGUCCGGGCGCUACCGAUGAACCAAGAAACGUGGAUCUGGGCCAACAUAUCGGUCAUACCGCUAGACGCCAACCAUUGCCCAGGCGCCACAGUGUUCCUGUUUCAAGAGUGGGAUGACAGACGACGAAACGUGGUAAAACAGAUCCUGCACACGGGCGAUUUCAGAAGCAAUCCGCAGCUAAUUUCCAGGCUUAACAGUAUCUGCCCGACAGCGCUAGACCAAGUGUAUCUCGACACGACCUACCUGAUACCGGGGUUCCACUUCCCGAGCCAGGACUCUGUGCUAAGCGUCACCUCCCGCUUCGCGUCUCAACUGGCGGAAAAAGGCAUACGACAGUUCUUCAACGACUCACAGCAAAGCAUCUUUAGGUUUAUCGCCCGAUCCACCGCCAGUAGAACCCUCUACAACUGUCUGUUCCUGGUCGGCACCUACACCAUCGGCAAGGAGAAGCUGGCGAUCGCCAUCGCGGAGGCGCUUAAUACCAAGAUCUUCGUCUCCAAGAAAUCCUCAAGACACAAGAUCAUUUCCCAGUACCUUUCCUACUUCCCGGAAGGCCUGAUAACCCACGAGGUCGAGCAGUCCUGUGUCCAUUUGGUGCCCCUCUCGACUCUGAGAUCAAAAGAAUCGAUUGACCUCUAUUUCAAAGAACAUUCCAAAAUCUACCAAGAUGUCGUCGGUUUCAUACCGACAGGCUGGACAUUCACAAACAAAUUCGCCAAACCGCCCGACCUGCCCACUCAAGAGUCCAGAAUCCAGUACUGCGAACAAUUGCUGCAAGACCACCAAAACAACACCCUCGACCUGCGCUUCAUUUUAAAACAGUACAAGAAACACAACAGAUACCAGAUCUUUAAUGUGCCCUACUCGGAACACAGCAGCUUCAAGGACUUGGCUCUGUUCGGCACCCAGGUGCACUCUAAGGAGAUUCUUGCUACGGUCAACUUACACAGCCUAGAGCGGAUCAAGGACAUGCAUCAAUGGUUCAAAACCUGGCAAGCUAUGCAGAACAGAAGAUGUUACGGCCGUCGAUAG